GCCCCGAGUUUCCCCCAAACGUGAGGCCCUUCUGCAAACAGCGAGGACGGAAGAGCCCGCAGUCUGGACGUUUCUGCCGAGGAUGCCGCAAACCAACAAGUCCAGAGACGUCCCGGGAUCCAGCCCAGCGACAGCCCAGGAUGCCCAGGAUGCCCGGCCAGGGGCCCGGGACUGCCGCGGUGCAGGAAAGGAAGAAGUAGGAGGAGGAGGAGGAGGAGGAGAGGACAAUGUUGGGGACAGUGAGAUCAUCAAGUCACCCAGUGAUCCUAAACAAUACAGGUACAUUGUGUUAGACAACGGGCUGCGUGUUCUGCUCAUCUCAGACUACAGUGGACCUGCAGUGUCAGAGGACGAAGACUCAGAAGAGGAAGAGGAGGGAGAGGAAGAGGAAGAGGGAGACGAAGAAUCUGGAGAUGAAACGGGGGACGAGUCAGAGGAGGAUGACGAGGAUGGAGGCAGUGAUGAGGAUGAGGAUGGGAAAAAGAAGAAAGGAAAUGCAGACAAACAGUCUGCAGCUGCUCUGUGUGUCGGCGUGGGCAGCUUCAGUGACCCCGGCGAUCUCCCCGGCCUCGCUCACUUCCUGGAGCACAUGGUGUUCAUGGGUAGUGAGAAGUAUCCCUCGGAGAACGGCUUUGAUGCUUUCCUCAAGAAGCACGGUGGCAGCGACAACGCCUCCACCGACUGUGAGAGGACAAUCUUCCAGUUUGACGUCCAGAGAAAAAACUUCAAAGAAGCUCUUGACAGGUGGGCUCAGUUCUUCAUCUGCCCCCUGAUGAUCAAGGAUGCCAUCGACAGGGAGGUGGAGGCCGUCGACAGCGAGUACCAGCUGGCUAAGCCGUCCGACUCCCACAGGAAGGAGAUGCUGUUUGGCAGUCUGGCCAAACCUGGACACCCUAUGGGCAAGUUCUGCUGGGGGAACGCGGAGACACUGAAGGAGGAGCCAAAGAGGAAGAAGAUCAAUGUUUAUAAGCGGCUGCGUGCCUUCUGGAAGAAGCAUUACUCUGCCCACUACAUGACACUGGCUGUGCAGUCAAAAGAGAAGCUGGACACUCUGGAGGAGUGGGCGAGAGAGCUCUUCAGCAAGGUCCCCAACAACGGUCUCCCCAAGCCUGGUUUCUCUGACAUGUUGGAUCCCUUUGACACACCGGCCUUCAGCAAGCUCUACCGAGUUGUUCCUGUUAGGAAAGUUCACGCUUUGAAUAUCACCUGGGCUCUUCCCCCUCAGGAGAACUACUACAGGGUGAAGCCUCUCCACUACAUAUCAUGGCUGAUUGGCCACGAAGGCACGGGAAGCAUCCUCUCCAUACUGAGGAAAAGGUGUUGGGCUCUGGCUUUAUUCGGAGGAAACAGCGAGACUGGUUUUGACCAAAACACCACCUACUCCAUCUUCUCCAUCUCCAUCACCCUCACCGAUGAAGGCUUCCAAAACUUCUACCAGGUGACUCAGCUGGUGUUCCAGUACCUGAAGAUGCUGCAGACGCUCGGCCCACAGCAAAGAAUAUACGAAGAGAUUCAGAGGAUUGAAACGAACGAGUUUCACUAUCAGGAGCAGAUUGAUCCAAUAGAAUAUGUGGAGGACAUUUGUGAAAACAUGCAGCUGUUCCCUAAGGAGGACUUUCUGACGGGAGAUCAGCUGAUGUUCGAGUACAGCCAAGAUGUGAUUGGAGCAGCUCUGUCCCUGCUCACGCCAGAGAAAGCCAACCUGAUGCUGUUGUCACCAGAGCACGAGGGCCAGUGUCCCCUCAGGGAGAAGUGGUUUGGCACACAAUACAGUGUGGAGGACAUCCAGCAGGACUGGAUGGAGCGGUGGAUGGGGAACCUGGAGCCGAAUAGUGACCUCCGCCUUCCAGCAGAGAACAAGUUUAUUGCCACUGACUUCGCCCUGAAGGCUUCUGACUGCCCGGACACAGAAUUCCCCGUCCGAAUCGCCGAAAGCGACAGGGGCUGCCUGUGGUACAAAAAGGACAACCAAUUCAAAAUACCCAAAGCAUACAUAAGAUUCCACCUCAUCUCCCCACUAAUCCAGCAGUCUGCUAAGAACCUGGUCCUGUUCGACCUGCUGGUGAACAUCCUGGGCCACAACCUGGCAGAGCCGGCCUACGAUGCCGAGGUGGCUCAGCUGGAGUACAAGCUGGUGGCCGGCGAGCACGGCUUGGUCAUCAAGGUGAAGGGGUUCAACCACAAGCUUCCGUUGCUGUUCCACCUGAUUAUUGACCACCUGGCUGGUUUUUCCGUCUCCCUCGACGUCUUCAGCAUGUUCACAGAGCAGCUCAAAAAGACCUACUUCAACAUCCUCAUUAAACCAGAGAAACUCGGCAAGGAUGUGCGUUUGCUGAUCUUGGAGCACUCUCGCUGGUCCAUGGUGGACAAGUGCCAGGCUCUCGCGGCCGGUUUAACCAUGGACGAGCUGAUGGAGUUCAGCCGCAGCUUCGGCGCCGAGCUGUACGCCGAGGGGCUGGUGCAGGGGAACUUCGGCAGCGAUGAAUCGGUGCAGUUUCUGCAGUACGUCACAGACAAGUUGCAGUUCUCCAAGCUCCCAGCAGAGGUGCCAGUGAUGUUCCGAGUGGUGGAGCUUCCUGCCAAGCACCACGUCUGUAAAGUCAAAUCGCUGAAUAAAGGAGACCCCAACUCUGAGGUCACCGUCUACUACCAGUCGGGGCCCAAAGCGUUGAGGGAGCACACACUGAUGGAACUGCUAGUGAUGCACAUGGAGGAACCCUGCUUCGACUUCCUUAGGACUAAAGAGACUCUGGGAUACCACGUCUACCCCACCUGUAGAAACACCUCGGGCAUUCUAGGUUUCUCUGUCACCGUGGAAACGCAGGCCACCAAGUUUAACACGGAGUUGGUGGAGUUAAAGAUUGAAGAGUUCCUGGUCUCAUUCGGAGAGAAGCUCCACGCUUUGACCGAGGAGGCGUUUCAUACUCAGGUGACUGCGCUGGUGAAGCUGAAGGAGUGUGAGGACACACACCUGGGGGAGGAGGUGGACAGGAACUGGGCUGAGGUGCUAACACAGCAGUAUGUGUUUGACAGGCUCAACAGAGAGAUUGAAGCUCUGAAGGAGAUGACCAGAGCCGAACUGGUUUCUUGGUACCAAGAACACCAAGGAAGCAGCAGCCGCAGACUCAGCAUGCACGUGGUGGGAUUCGGUCCUGAGGAGAGCGAUCAGGACGGUGGCAGUAAAAACCAAGAAGGAGAUGCUGCCAACGAGGACUCGGCCUACGGCGAGGUGUCCAAGCUCACCUUCCUUCCGGCCUCACCCAGGAUGGCGGGCGCCACGGCCGUCAUGGACAUCCACGCUUUCAUCCAAGGACUGCCCCUCUUCCCCUACACCAAGAUACUUGAAUAAACCUGUGCUGAGACUGCGAGACAGACAGAUGGCGGAGCGCCGCUUCUCACUGAGCCACGUUAGGCCACUCUGUCUCAUUAGAGAUUCAGCCUCUUAUUAUGAGCGUGGGCUCAUAAUACCGCUGCUCGUACCACUGGCUUAACCCACGCGGCACGCUUCAGCGAGAGCACAGAUGACAGCGUUUUUUUAUUUUAAAUUAGUGAUAGCCUAGUCCGCCCUGCCAGACAGCGGAAAAGAAAGAUCGCCCUCUUUUAUCUCUACCCCACACUGACUGGAAACUGUUGAGUCAAAUUCUGGCGUUUUGUUCUCCGACUCCCUUUCAGCUGUUUGUGACGGAGCUCGGUUUGGUGCCGUUUAGCGACGCGAGCCCAGUGUGAAGCCCGCUGAACUGCCGAGGCUCUUUGAACCCCACAUGUGUGAAUCUGAGUGAUUCUGUGCUCCAUCUGAAACUCUGGUGUGUGCCGGCAUUCCCACGCCGAAGCUGUGCAAACUAAUAAAUCACUGUUGAAAGAAGCAAUUUACGGCAAGUUCACGGUGAAAGUUCAGUGAACGUGGUGAAAUAAUAAGAUUAAUUCAUUUCACAGUGGCAUGUGAAAGUUUUAAGGAUUUCUAUUACUUUUCAUUAAUUGAGUCAGAAGAUUAUUGAUCUCCCAGAAGGCCUGAAGCUUAUUGAAAUUCCCAUUCUUCAACUUUUUAAGCUGCUUUAGUGUUAUUGUGGGUUUAUUUAUUUAUUUUGUUACACUUUUUUAAGGGCAACAACACCUUUUUAUUAAGUUUUUCAGCAGCCUUCUCACGUGUCAUCAUCAAGAAAGUUCAGUUGAUGCAACAUUUUUAACAAUAGCUGACUUAUCAAACAUUUUAUUUAGUCUUAGGUUCCACUUAAGUGGAUCGUCUAUAUUUACAAAGUUUAAAUCGGGUUGAUUUUAACUUUGUAAGUGUAUAAAAA